ACCGCACCGCCGUGAUCUUCAUUUCCAUGCACGCUUAGAAGUCACAAAUGUCGGAUAAAAUUCCACCGAAAGUAGUAACGACAGAUGAGAAUUUUUUUUAGCAAGAAAAUCCGACGUAACAGCACGAAUCUGAAUGUACAGAUUACGCAACACGUGGUUUUGGUGGUACUCGCCUUGCCGGCUGCUUCCGGUACUACUAUACUGACGGAUUUAUGGAGCGAGAGCACGGAUGACUAGCGAGGUGCCGGCGAACCAGGCGGCGCCCGGAGGAGAACGUCGGAGCUAUGAAGACGCGUCGACUGCGAGAAACGUCUAGCGAAACGCCGGAGGAUAGUCCGCCGGAGUGGCUACCGAAUGGAUGGACCGUGGAGGUCCGAAAUACGAGGCGUGGCAAGUAUAGGUGUUAUAGAUCCCCUGUGUCUGGUUGUACAUUCAAGUCCAAAGAGGAGGUUUUGCACCAUCUUAGUGGUGAAAAGCAUGGUGAUGGCGCUUCUAGAAGAGCAUCGUGUUCUAAUGAAAGCAAUAAGCAACAUGUAGAAGAAAUGAAAGAAUCUCUUGAAUGGUUGCCUUCUGGAUGGAUUUUGGAGAUUAAAACUCGAAAGAGUGGGAAAACUACUGGAAAGCAGUACAAGCUUCAGCUUCUGCCAAGAAACUGAAAUCAAAGCCAAUUGGGAAGAAACACCAUCUCACUGAAGAAAUACUUUCAAAUGGAGAGUUGGGUGAGACUGCCACAUUUUCUGAUAGAUUGCUGCUGCCACCCUUUUCUCAUGAAAAUGUCGAGGUAAAGCCGAAGGAGCAAAAUGCACAAGAAUCAGCAACAUUAAGCCCUCCCUGUUCUCUCAAUCCAAGCGAAAGAACGCCAAAGAAUGGAAGGAUACCCAAGGCAAAAUGUACUAGAAAAUCCAAUAUCUCAAAUGAGAAAACAACCGUGGAAAUUGAGGAGAAUAUCAAACUAGAAGAGGUUACCAAGAAGCCAGCAAACCCAUUGGACCGGACAGUAAUUGAUACGCAAUUUGAUGGCAAAGAGCUUGCAAAACACGCAGAAGAUGGGGUAAAUCCGAGGAGAGGAAGCAAGCGUGAAUCUGUCUCCAACUCAAAGGAGAAUUCCAAGGAAGAAGACAAGGUGAUGCCGCAAGUUGACAAUAUAACUGUGAAGUUUCAUCUGACAUCGAAUGAGAAAUCAAAGGAUCUUCUAGGAGACGAGAUGGAACUUAUUGUGGCCAACCAGAAAGCAUCAGCUAAAAAAGAAGACUUUUUGGAUCCACGAAAUAAAAACCUCUCAGAACUGGAGAAGGAACUUCCAGUGGUGGUGGGAAAUCCCUCAACUCCAGAUUUGGUGAAACCAAAGCAUGGAAGCAGAAAAGCAAAGGCUGUCAAUGCAAUAUCCAGUCCUCGGCGAUUUUCAAGACGGCUAGCUUGCGUCGAAGCUGACCUUGCGGCAGAUGUAGAUAUGGGCGGUGAGCGCCCUCGUGAAUCGAAAUCCAAGAAUACCAUGACAAAAGAAUCCCCUCAGAUGCAGAAAAGCAUGGAAGGCGAGGCUACGAAGACCAUGGAAUGCCUUCAAAGAAAGAACACCAUGGAAAAUGGAGCGGCCGCCGUCAUGAAUCAAGCAACAAGUAUCUGGCCAGAUUUCCCAUCAACUUCACCAUUUGGAGAUUCCUGGCUUGAUCCUUGUCUAGAAUUUGCAUUCAAGACACUAACAGGUGAUCUCCCAGUUCUUGAUGAUGCAAUAGCAAUUCAAGAAUAUUUCCAGCAGCAGCUGGUUUCAGUUGCAGGCUCAACAAACCCAGAUCUUCACUCUCCUAUAUCAAAUAACAAAGCAGAAGCUGCUCCUGCUUCUCAUGAGGUAGAGUUUAAGCUACCUAGUGAGCAGCAUAUGCAAGAAAGGUAUCAAUUAGGUGCAAUGGAGAAUAAGUAAAUGUGUUCUGAUGAGAUGUACAAGACUUCCUGUAAUGGUAAGAAUUUGUAGGUUAGCUACUGUGCCUGAGUGACUUUUAACUUGUAGGCUCUAUGGGAUCUUAGUUUAAAAACACCCCCUAAUGCAGGCCAUGUAUUUUUACAAUGCACUAUUAUACAUUGGUAGCCGUUGGUUAGCUUCUAAUAAGAUUAUUAGUUGGAGGAUAGAAUCA